CAUGCACUCGGAGCCCGGAACUACUUUCUGCGGUAUCCGGGGGCCAGAGGUCAUAGAACAUUCGCCUGCCACAUACGCCUCUGUCGCACUUGUUUGUUUUUGUCCAAAAAAAGAGAGAAAAAACCUUGUAAAACAGAUCUGGGCAAGACAUGGCGCGUCUGGUGGCUGUCUGCAGAGAUGGAGAAGAGGACUAUCUGUUUCUCGCACGCCAGAUUCCCUUGUACAUCGAUGACUCGCUCACGAUGGUGAUGGAGUUUCCUGACAGUAUUCUGGACUUUGACAGCUGUCGGAUCAACGGUCCACAAAUGAAGCAGUUUAUUGAGCAUCACCGCAUGCUGAAGCAGCAGGACCUGAACAUGGUGUUGAUGGUGAUGUCUCGUGAGGUGUUCAGUGCUCUGUCUCAGUCGGUGCCGUGUGUGGGAUGCCGGCGCAGCGUGGAGCAUCUGUUCUCUCAGCUCACAGACUCUGGGUAUUUUGCACUAGAUCCGCUCACUGUGGGAUCCUCUGGAGUGCUGUCAGUCACACGCGCGUGUCUCACAGACCCCAGGAAGCUCUACACACUCUUCUAUGUUCACGGGUCAAAGUUAAACAACGUAAUUGAUUCCAUUCCCAAGAGUAAAAAGAACAAACGCUGUCAGCUGCACUCUUUAGACACGCACAAACCCAAGCCUUUAGGAGAUGUAAGUGACCGUAUCGGUGGGUUGUGGAUCCGCAGGGGCAGCUGGAUGGACGUGUGGGAGCUGAUGUCACAGGAGUGUCGUGAUGAAGUGGUUUUGAUUGACAGCACCUCCCUGCUGGAGACUCUGGAGACGUACCUGCGCAAACACCGGUUCUGUACGGACUGUAAGAACAAGGUUUUGAGAGCGUAUAACAUUCUGGUAGGAGAUCUGGACUGCAGUAAGGAGAAGGGUUACUGUGCGUCUCUGUAUGAGGGGUUACGUUGCUGUCCCCAUGAGCGCCACAUCCACGUCUGCUGCGAGACUGAUUUCAUCGCACACUUACUGGGCCGAGCAGAACCAGAGUUCGCUGGAGGUUAUGAGCGUCGAGAGAGACACGCGAAGACCAUAGAUAUCGCUCAGGAGGAGGUGCUGACGUGUCUAGGAAUACAUCUGUACGAGCGGCUGCACAGAAUCUGGCAGAAGCUGCGAGCAGAAGAGCAGACGUGGCAGAUGCUCUUCUAUCUGGGCAUUGAUGCACUCCGCAAAAGCUUCGAGAUGGCGGUGGAGAGGGUUCAGGGCUUCAGCCGGCUGGAGCAGCUCUGUGAGGAGCUGUCAGAAGAGGAGCGAGCCAAAGAACUCAAACAGGAGAAGAAGAGGCAAAAGCGCAAGAACAGACGCAAAAACAAGUGUGGCUUCGAACAAGAGGCGGAGGGGGGGGAAGACAAAAGUCUUGAUGAGGGUUCGUCUGAGUCUGUGGACGGCGGCUGUAAGUCGUGUGGCAGUAUAGAGGAGUCUGUUAGCAGCGCAGAGGUCCUCAUCACCAGCGAGAAUUCAUCUUGCACCUGCCCGGCCGCCUCCAUCCUGCAUUCCCCCAAAACCCAGAAAGCACUCUUGCCUCACAGUAACGGCAGUGACUGUGGCUACUGUUCCAGUAUGGAGGGCAGCGAGACAGGAUCCAGAGAGGGCUCAGACGUGGCCUGCACCGAGGGCAUGUGCAACCAUGAUGAAACGGGUGAGUACUCGUGUAGUCACCGCUGCUCAGAGGAGAAGGAAGAGGACGCUGUGGACAGCUGUGUGGAGUGCUGGGCAAACUCUGAAGACAACACAAAGGGCAAAAGUAAAAAGAAGAAAAGAAAAAACAAGGCGUCACUUUGCAGGAGCGACAAUGGAUCUCAAGCAGAGGAGAGCUGCGUGUCUGAUGGCAGUAGGAGAGGAUCUGGAUCUCCUGCCCUUCACGAGUCUCUCUCCCCUUCACCACACGCCUGCAGAAGCAAAGAGACUCCAUGCUGUGAAUCCUGUGAGAGCUUCAGUCAUCAUGUGAGCAGCAGCAGAUACCUCCACGGUCAGCCUGUCUUACCAGACACCUGCACACAGGAGAACAGCUGCGCCAAGAGCCUCAUGGAGUUACUGAAUGAAUCUGAAGUGACCUCAGAUGAAGAGACCUGUCUGACGCAGGACGAGAUCCAGUCGUUCGUAGAGAACAACAAAUCGUUCUACCGCACACGAGACCAGUACAGACAGCACCUUAAAGACCGCUUCACCAAAUACUGCCGCGGCGAGUGGCUGCCGGCCACCAGCGUCAACUAGACUCACACACACUAACUCACACUUAUUUUUAUAGAGCGUCAAAACACUCAUGAUCACUGCUGCAUUGAGUUUAGGAAUAUGAAAUGGGUAAGAGAAUCAAUUUCAGCGCUGUAUUUGAUGAUGUUCAUGUUUGUUGGGUAACGUUACUCGUCUUUCGCAUCUAUAUACAUGUCUUCCCCUUCAGGCCCCUCCUAUUUCACGCUUAGUCCUUUUCAACCAAUCACAGCUGGCUUUGGUUUCUUUCAUCUCUUGACACGCUGAUUAGGGAGCAGGUCGUUAGAACACAGUUGUUAAAUUGAUCAUGGAGCUUGCAGGCCUUUACUGUAGGGUUAGGUGUUGGUAGUCUUAAUGUAUUGUUUGUUUGUUUGUUAAACAUUUCUUUUUUUUUCAAAAUUUUCACUGACUGUGACAGUUUUAGUGGCAAGAAUUGUACCGAUAAAUGUGUACAGAAAUAAUUAUCUGAGUAAAAAGAUUUUACACGAAGAUGGAAACAUCCAUUUAUGAAGAUGACUGGAUGUGAUUAUGAAAGCAUUGUGCAAAAUUUACAAAAUAAAGAAUAUUUAUUAAUAUG